AUGCAGUACGACCUAGAUCGCCACAGGUGGAAAGCCACUCUCAUAGUCCAGAUAACGAAACUCCACAGAAGGCAACGAGGGAAGUUGUUAUUGGAAAUCGCGACGAAUCCGAACUGCGACGACGGUCGACUCGAACUUCGCCAUCAAACUGACUAUGGAAAACUCUUCACAGCUGACAAGCGAGAAGAGGAAGCAACGAAAUGGAACGCCGACCAAGAAAAGAAUUAG